GUGUGAAGAAGAGGACUAAAGUCAUCAAGAACAAUGUGAACCCUGUAUGGAAUGAGGGCUUUGAGUGGGACCUGAAGGGAGCUCCCCUGGACCCUGGUGCUGAGCUCACUGUGGUUGUGAAAGACCAUGAGACCGUGGGGAGAAACAGCAGCUCCUACUGCCUCUCACGCUGGGGGCAGUGGAGGCCGAGCUGAGGUCUCCAUCCUCACGGCAGCUGCACUGCAAAGCAGAGUGAGAGCUGUUGGUGAUGCCACCUGCAGCUCUGGCACAGCCAGGCCACUGCACUUCUGCACCAGAGGCUGCUUUGGUCAGGAUGGCAGCUUGGACAAGGGGUUUUUGGGAGAAGCCCGAGUACCCCUGCGAGAUGUCCUGUCCUCCCCCAGCCUGGCAGCCUCCUACAACAUCCCCUUGCUGGACACCAAGAAGCAGAGCACGGGGGCUUUCCUUGUCCUGCAAGUGUCCUACAUCCCCCCACCUGGAGCCAUCCCCCUGUUUCCCCCUCCAGCUGCCCCUGAGCCGGCACCAGCUGCUGCUGAGCCCGACACGGUCACUGAGAUGGCCGGAGAGGAGGAGACAGAGGAUCAGGCAGUGGCAGGAGAUGAGACAGAGCCCUCCUCCUCCUCGGGGCCAGCAGGGUCUGAACCCCCCCUCCUGCCCCACAAGCCCCCCGUGCACCACGUCCAUGGUCUGAGGCGAAGGAGAAGCUCCCACAGGAAGCCUCUGUCCAACAAGCCGCAGGACUUCCAGAUCAGGGUGAGGGUCAUUGAGGGCCGGCAGCUCCCUGGGGUCAACAUCAGGCCCGUGGUGAAGGUGACAGUUGCUGGGCAGACCAAGAGGACCAGGAUCCGCAAAGGCAACAGCCCCUGCUUUGAUGAGACCUUCUUCUUCAAUGUCUUCGAGUCACCAGCGGAGCUGUUUGAUGCUCCCAUCUUCAUCACGGUUGUGGACUCUCGGUCGUUCCGGACAGACUCGCUGCUGGGGGAGUUCAGGAUGGACGUCGAGACUGUUUACUCGGAGCCAAAACAUGCUUUCCUCAGGAAAUGGUUGCUGCUCUCUGACCCAGAGGACUUCUCUGCGGGUGCCAAGGGCUAUCUGAAAGUCAGCCUCUUUGUGCUGGGGCCUGGAGAUGAAGCACCUCUGGAGAAAAAGGAAGUUUCUGAAGACAAGGAAGACAUUGAGGGCAACCUCCUGCGCCCCACUGGGGUCACCCUGCGAGCAGCUCACUUCUGCCUGAAGAUCUUCAAAGCUGAAGACUUGCCCCAGAUGGAUGAUGCUGUUAUGGACAACGUGAGGCAGAUCUUUGGCUUUGACAGCAACAAGAAGAACCUGGUGGAUCCCUUCGUGGAGGUCAGCUUUGCAGGCAAGACGCUCUACUCAAAGAUCCUGGAAAAGAAUGCCAACCCGCAGUGGAACCAGAGCCUGACGCUGCCAGCCAUGUUCCCUUCCAUGUGUGAGAAGAUGAGGAUCCGAGUGACCGACUGGGACCGAAUGACUCACAACGACGUCGUUGGCACUGCCUACCUCAGCAUGUCCAAGAUCUCGGCCCCUGGAGGGGAGCUGGAGGAUGAGUUUCCUGCUCUUGCGAAGCCUCUGAAAGCCCCAGACCUGGAUGAUGGCCUCGGGUUCCUGCCCACCUUUGGUCCCUGCUACAUCAACCUCUAUGGCAGCCCCCGGGAGUUCACCGGCUUCCCCGAUCCCUACGAGACCCUCAACCUGGGAAAGGGCGAGGGAGUUGCAUAUCGUGGCAGGGUGCUGGUGGAGCUGGAGACCAAAGUGGUGGAGCAUGUGGAGCAGAAGGUGGAGGACAUCUCUGCAGAUGACAUCCUGCGGGUGGAGAGGUACCUGCGCCGCCGGCAGUACUGCCUCUUCGCCGCCUUCUACUCUGCCACCAUGCUGCAGGACGUGGACGAUGCCAUCCAGUUCGAGGUCAGCAUCGGCAACUACGGCAACAAGUUCGACACCACCUGCCUGCCCCUGGCCUCCACCACGCAGUACAGCAGGGCAGUCUUCGAUGGCUGUCACUAUUACUACCUGCCCUGGGGCAACGUGAAGCCCGUGGUGGUGUUGUCAUCCUACUGGGAAGAUAUCAGCUACCGGACCGAUGCCCAGAACCUUCUCCACUAUGCAGCAGAUAGGCUGGAAGCAAACCUGGAGAGGAUCCACCUGGCUCUCAAGGCUAAUCACUCUCCAAGUGAACUGGAGGCUCUGGGUGCCCAGCUGAUGGAUGACAUCAUUGCUGAUUGCAGCUUGAGCCUGCCUGAUGUGCUGAGCAAGGCAGCCUGCACCCACCUGGACCAGAACUUGUACCGCUUCCGGAGCACCAACCUGGAGCAGAUAGUGAAGGCAGCCCUGAAGCUGAAGCAUGAAGACUCGAGCCUGUCAGCAGCCCUGGAACAGGCAGAGGAUUGGCUCUCCAGGCUGAGGGCCAUGGCAGAGGAGCCCCAGAACAGCCUCCCCGACGUCGUGAUCUGGAUGCUGCAGGGGGACAAGCGUGUGGCCUACGCCCGGGUGCCAGCCCACCAGGUCCUCUUCUCCAGGAACAUCUCCAACUGCUGCGGCAAGAACUGCGGCAAGCUGCAGACCAUCUUCCUGAAGUACCCUCAGGAGGAGGCGAUGGGCACCAGGAUCCCAGCCCAGCUCCGCGUGCGGCUGUGGCUGGGGCUGGCGGUGGACCAGAAGGAGUUCAACCAGUACGCCGAGGGCAGGCUCUCUGUCUUCGCUGAGACGUACGAGAAUCAGACCAAGCUAGCACUGGUUGGGAACUGGGGCACAACUGGCCUGACCUACCCCAAAUACUCAGAUGUCACUGGCAAGAUCAAGCUGCCCAAGGACAGCUUCCGCCCUUCCACGGGCUGGACCUGGGCUGGGGACUGGUUCAUCUGCCCCGAGAGGACGUUGCUGCAUGAUGUGGACGCUGGGCACCUGAGCUUUGUGGAGGAGGUGUUUGAGAACCAGGUGCGGCUGCCUGGGGGACAGUGGAUCCACAUGACUGAUGCCUACACAGACGUGAACGGGGAGAAGGUCCUGCCUAAGGAUGAGAUUGAGUGUCCUCCAGGCUGGAAAUGGGAAGACGUGGAGUGGGACACGGAUCUCAACAGAGCUGUGGAUGAGAAAGGCUGGGAGUAUGGCAUCACCAUCCCUCCUGAGCGCAGACCCAAGGCCUGGGUGCCCGCUGAGAAGAUGUACCACACCAACCGGCGCCGCCGCUGGGUGCGCCUGCGCCGCAGGGACCUGGCGCAGAUGGAGGCCAUGAGGAAGCAGCAGAAGCAGGAGGAGCCGGACGGGGAGGGCUGGGAGUACGCCUCGCUCUUCGGCUGGCGCUUCCACCUCAAGCAGCGCCGCACCGACAGCUUCCGCCGCCGCCGCUGGAGGCGCCGCAUGGAGCCGCUGGAGCGCACCGGCGCUGCCGCCGUCUUCGCCUUGGAGGGGGCUCUGGGUGGAGUGACAGACGACAAGAGUGACGAUGGCAAAUCUGUCUCCACGCUCAGCUUUGGUGUCAACAGACCAACCAUCUCCUGCAUAUUUGACUGUGGCAACAGGUACCACCUCCGCUGCUACAUGUACCAGGCACGGGACCUGAUUGCCAUGGACAAGGACAGCUUCUCAGACCCCUAUGCCAUUGUCUCCUUCCUCCACCAAAGCCAGAAGACAGUGGUGGUCAAGAACACCUUGAACCCAACCUGGGACCAGACACUUAUCUUCUACGAGAUAGAGAUCUUUGGGGACCCACAGAACAUCUCUGACUCCCCUCCCAACAUCGUGGUGGAAAUAUAUGACCAAGACACCUAUGGUGCUGAUGAGUUCCUGGGGCGUUGCAUCUGCAGCCCCAGCCUGCAGCGCUCGCCGAGGCUCUCCUGGCACCCGGUCACCAGGGCUGGCAGGAACGCUGGGGAGCUGCUGGCUGCCUUCGAGCUGAUCCAGAGGGACAAGCCAGCUGUCCAUCACAUCCCUGGCUUCGAGAGCGAGCUGUCCUCCAGCCUGGAUGAGCUCUGCACCCCUGCCUUGUUCCACGAGGGGCUCCUCCAAUGGUCUGCUGACUCUGACCUGCCGUAUCCCCCGCCCCAGCGAGAGGCCAACAUUUACAUGGUCCCCCAGGGCAUCAAACCGGUUCUGCAGCGCACAGCCAUCGAGAUCCUGGCCUGGGGGCUGAGGAACCUCAAGAGCUACCAGCUGGCCAGCGUCACCUCACCCAGCCUACUGGUGGAGUGUGGAGGGCAGUUUGUGCAGUCCUGUGUCAUCAAGAACGUCAAGAAGAACCCCAAUUUUGAUGUCUGUGUGCUCUUCAUGGAAGUGCGUUUGCCCAAGGAAAGCCUCUACAGCCCCCCCAUCAUCAUCAAAAUCAUUGACAACAGACCCUUUGGCAGAAGGCCUGUGGUGGGCCAGUGCACCAUCCGCUCGCUGCACGACUUCUACUGUGACCCCUACCGAGAGGAGAAGGAUGGACCCCAGGAGCAACCAGAUGAUGCAAGCCUCAGCCCCAGGGAUGAUGUCCUCAUUGACAUUGAUGACAAAGAGCCUCUUAUUCCUCUUCAGCUUGCAGAGGGCCUGACCAGCUCAGCACUAAUUAACACACCAGCUUCUUGGGCCCAGUCUCAUAAGCCACCCUGGGAGGAAGAAUUCAUUGACUGGUGGAGCAAAUUCUAUGCUUCCACAGGAGAGAGGGAAAAAUGUGGCUGCUAUUUGGAGAAAGGCUUUGACACCUUGAAGGUCUACGAGACAGAGCUGGAGAAGGUGGAGGACUUUGAGUGUCUCUCUGACUUCUGCCACACCUUCAGGCUGUACCGCGGGCGGGCGCAGGACUCCAGCGACGACCCCUCGGUGGUGGGGGAGUUCAAGGGCUCCUUCAAAAUUUACCCUCUGCCAGACGACCCCCGGGUCCCACUGCCCCCGCGGCAGUUCCACCAGCUGCCCGCCAGGGGGCCCCAGGAGUGCCUUGUGCGAGUCUACAUCAUCCGAGCCUUUGACCUGCAGCCCAAGGACACCAACGGGAAGUGUGAUCCCUAUGUGAAGAUUUCAGUGGGGAAGAAAUCCAUAAAUGACCAAGAGAAUUACCUGCCCUGCACCCUGGAGCCUGUCUUUGGAAAGAUGUUCGAGCUGAGCUGCACCCUGCCCCUGGAGAAGGACCUGAAGAUCACUCUCUAUGACUACGACCUGCUGUCGAAGGACGAGAAGAUUGGGGAGACCACCAUCGACCUGGAGAACCGCUUCCUGUCCAGAUACGGGGCACGCUGCGGCCUCCCCCAGACCUACUGCAUCUCGGGACCCAACCAGUGGCGAGACCAACUCCGUCCCUCGCAGCUGCUUCACCUUUUCUCCUUGCAGCACAACUACAAGGCUCCCACAUACAAGCCUGACAGGAUCAUCUUCAGGGAGCAGGAGUAUCUCCUCUCUGAGCUGGAGGACAGCAAACCCUUCAACCCUCACCUGGGGCCGGUGGAGGAGCGCCUGGCCCUGCACGCCCUGCGGCAGCAGGGGCUGGUGCCCGAGCACGUGGAGACCAGGAGCCUGUACAGCCCUCUGCAGCCGGAGAUCGAGCAGGGAAAGCUACAGAUGUGGGUGGACCUGUUCCCAAAAUCCUUGGGUCAGCCUGGCCCCCCUUUCAACAUCACACCACGCAAAGCCAAGAGGUUCUUCUUGCGCUGCAUCAUCUGGAACACCAAGGACGUCAUCCUGGAUGACCUCAGCAUCACUGGGGAGAAGAUGAGUGACAUCUAUGUCAAAGGCUGGCUGGUCGGCCACGAGGAGAACAAGCAGAAGACAGAUGUGCACUACAGGUCUAUGGGAGGAGAAGGCAACUUCAACUGGAGGUUCAUCUUCCCCUUUGACUAUCUCCCUGCCGAGCAGAUGUGCUACAUCUCAAAAAAGGAGCACUUCUGGAGCUUGGACAAGACAGAAAACAAGAUUCCACCACAGCUGAUCUUCCAGAUUUGGGACAAUGACAAAUUCUCUUUUGAUGACUAUUUGGGCUCCAUUCAGAUGGAUCUCAACAAGAUGCCUAAACCUGCCAAGACUGCUGAGAAGUGCUCCUUGGAGCUGGUAGAUGAAAAUUUGUCUUCCAGUCGCUUUGUGUCCCUCUUUGAGCAGAAAACUGUCAAGGGCUGGUGGCCCUGUGUGGCUGAGCAGAACCAGAAGCAGAUCCUGGCGGGCAAAUUGGAAAUGACCUUGGAGAUCGUGGCAGAACAAGAGCACGAGGAGCGGCCAGCGGGCAUGGGUCGAGAUGAGCCCAAUAUGAACCCCAAGCUGGAGGACCCCAAGCGCCCAGAAACCUCCUUCCUGUGGUUCACCUCCCCCUACAAGACCAUGAAGUACAUCCUGUGGCGAAGGUACAAGUGGGUGCUGAUCCUGGGCAUCCUGCUCUGCAUCCUGCUGCUCUUCCUGGGAAUCUUCAUCUACGCCUUCCCGAACUACGCUGCUAUGAAACUGGUGAAGCCUUUCAACUGAAGCUGUGCUGGAAAAUGCCUGCAAGGUCCAGUGGCUGCUUGGGGGAUGUUGGAAAGAAGCUGCAGCUUUAUGCUGAAUCCACAUCAGCAGCUGGAGGUGGAGGAGAAACAGGCUCAGCUCCUGAGAUCCACCUUCCCCUGACAGAGCAGGCAGAGCCCUGCUGCCAGCACUCACCUUGGAGUCAGCCAAGAAUUAAUUCCCCCCAAAUAUUUCUUAUUUUACCUAUUUUCUUUCUUUUAUUUUCCCCACUUUAUAUUCAGCUGCUCUGAUCUGUAAAGCUUGAACUUUGGUUCAAAACCAGAGAGUGAAGAUGAAGAGACCCUUUUCAGGAGUGUCCAAAGCUGUUGGAGAGCUGAGCAGAGGGAGUCAGGAGCUGCUGGGGCGGGCAGCAAAUGCAACCCCCAAAUCUCUCAGGUUUUAAGCAGGCUUCUCUUUGCACUCUGAACGAGCCUCAGCUUCCCUUUGUGGUGCCAUCCUUUUAUUAUCUGGUUUCUCUGCCUAUAAAGCCUGCUGGAGGCACAGAGUGCUGCACAGCCUGGUAGCCUGGGCUGACAACAUUGCCUUGCCAAAGAGCAAAGCCCAUGGGAUCCUGGAGCCAGGAGAAGGGCUGAGAUGCAAAACCUGGGCAGGAGCCUGAUGGUAAACGUUCAAUCCCAACUCCCACUGAGUGUUUGUGCUUGUGAAGGGCUGCACAGUCUGGCUCAUGGGUUUGGAGCUUGUUUUUCCCCUCUGAGCUGCUCCUUCACCUUCACAGUCCCAUCCCACACACACGCACAGACAGAAUCAUAGAAUGUCAGGGGCUGGAAGUGGCCUCCAAAGCUCAUCCAGCCCAACCCCCCUGCCAGAGCAAGAUCUCCUAUAACAGAUCACACAGGAACACAUCCAGAUGGGGUUUGAAUAUCUCCAGAGAGGGAGACUCCACAGCUCCCCUGGGCAGCCUGUUCCAGGGUUCUGUCACCCUUGCAGGGGAAAAAUUCCUCCACAUGUUUAAAUGAAACUUCCUAUGCCUCAGCUUCCACACACCUCCCUUUCAAAGUGGAGUCAUAAAAUCCCAGAAUCCCAGCAUGGUUGGGGUUGGAAGGGACCUCUGGGGAUCAUCCAGUCCAACCACCCUGAUAAAGCAGGGCACCCACAGCAGCUUGCCCAGGAUCACAGUGUCCAGGUGGGUUUGGAAUCUCUCCAGUGAGGGAGACUCCAUGACCAGCCCUACCAAAACAUGCUUCUGUGUCACCUCACCACAGCCUCUACCCUUAAUAAACCACAUUUUAUUCCCCAGCAGCUCUUCCCUGACCGACUAGAAUGGGUCAACAGUGAUGGGAGGGCAGGAUCCACGGGCAGCCAGCUCCAUAAGGAGCAUCCCUGCUUCCAAUCCUCUGUGCUUCCAGUCCAGGCUGCAAGGCCAAGAAGAUUCUGUGGGAUUCUGGUGGGUAAAAGCAGGUCUGAGUGUCUGAAAACAGCAACUCAGUUGUGUUUUGUUGCUACUUGAGCAGCCAGACCCAGCUCUGCUUUCCUGUGAGCCUUCUGUAGCUUGGUUAUGUCUUUUGACCACAGGCAGCCAGGAGGUAGAACCUAGAGAAAGUAAUUCCCUGUGGCUCUAAAGUUGCCUGGGAGGUGUUUGUGUCAUCUGCCUAUGCCUUACACACUAUAAUGCACUGUGGUUACAAAUGAAAUGCUCUGAACCCUU